CUUGGUUAUCCUUUUUGUAGUCAACACAUUGUCUUGUCGCCCCCACACGGUGUGCACACCCAUCCAUCCCUCUCUAAUUGUCACUGAGCCCCUCGCUAUGACACCACACAACCAAAAAUAGCAACGCAGGGAGACAGCAUGCAGACGUACGGGCCCUCAUGGAUGGCCGGCCAGCCAGUUAGCGACACAGACAGGUACACUCGAACCAGAAAAACAGCUACGCCGCGUUGAGUAGGGCUCCCGCCCAUGCCAUGCAGCAGAUUCAUGCCCUCCGGAGAAACACACACUAAUGCCCUGAUCAAUAUUCCCCUCCCCUCCCUCUCCACACGCGAGCGACAAGGUGAGCAUCGAGCCCCAGCUCAUGUGCUUCUCCCUAGGUAUGGUAUACGUAUACGCACCAAACUCAAUUCCCCUGAUCCCCCCUCAGCCAUCUCCUCGUGUGUAGAGCGGCUGCUCUGCAUCCUUACCCCCACAAGGGAUCCGACCCGUGAAGGCAGAGAUACAUGCUGACCAUGACACCACAGAGAAGAUGGCCUGAGGGAGGGAAACAGAUCUCACUCUCACUCACCCCAACAGGCAGGCAGGGCUGCUGCAUGCCAUGCAUGCCCACCCUUGAAAGCUGCGUGUAUGGGUGUGUGUAUGUGUGUAUCGAUCAUUCAAAUGCCGUCCGGAAGUAUGUACGCUUCGUGUGUGGAAACAGACACACACUCGUACGUACGCAUGUGUGUAUGUGGCAGCAGAGCCAGCUGCCUGUCUGUCUGUCUGUCUGACGGGCCGGACGGGAAAAGCACGAGAAAAAGAGCACUAGACUCAGUCAGCGGAUAGAGAACAGUCCCUAGGUACCAUCCCAUCCCGCCUGCCGCCCAUCUGUCUGCUUCAAACCCCCAAGAUGGACACGCAACCAACGCACAUCACAUGACUGCACGUAUUGUGCAACACACCACAACACAACACAACACACCACACCACCCAGCAUGCAGUCACACACACGCAGCAUUCAAGUAAGUAAGCGAGACUUAAGGGAGGCAUUAUUGACAUGCAUGGAGAUAAAAGCGCCACGAUGGGUGUCAGUAAGUGAGCGACCUCUCUCAAAGACCGUCGCGGCCGACCGACCCACCCGACACGCGCACACACACGAUUAGAUACAGGAUGCAUCAUUACUUACAAGUCAGGCAUGAUGGUGUGUGUGCACCUGCGCCCCCCGAGAACGACCGGUGAAGAGCGGUGGGCCGGUGUAGGGAAUGUCCACCGUCCGGUAGCUCGACGGCUGAGCACUCUCGCGCAAAUACACGUCAGCAUCAGGGGCACCACCCUCAUCUGCACACACAUAGGCAGGCGGCAAUCAGACACUCACUCACAGUGAACAAUGCCUGGAUCGAUCUGCUCUUGACCCACCCACCUGCCGUGACGACCGACUUGUCCGUCUCGACGUGGUAGUAUCUGCACUCCCUGCCCUGCUGGUCGGCGUACGGCGGGCCCAUGACGUCCAGCACGGCACACGUCGUCACAGCCACGAACUCGUGCACGUUGUCGCGGCCAGGCAGCACCAGCCGAGUGGUCGGGAAGAGCUGACGCGCCUUGCGGUCGUCAUCCGUCCUGCACACCACCUCCGGCGCACCCGCGGGCAUGGUGUCGCCACUGCCGGCCACCCAACCGUCGAAUGUGCAUGCUGCUGGCCGGUGGCGGCCGAUGUCCGCCGAGAAGGGCUGGGGCUGGUGAAACCCACACAGGUGUGAGUCUGUCACCUGGCCAACACACACGACGAAGGUGGUUCGGUGCAAAUCAGAUCAAUUUCCGUGUGCAUGUGGGCGAGCGUGCCUUAAAUACGGCCGAUUCUGGCCGGUUUGGUCCUGCGCGAGGGUCGUCGAGGAUAUGGAACGCCCGAACCGAUAGGGUGCCGAACAAAACCUGACGCCACGCCCGCAUAGAUAGAUACGCAGUGGCGAUCGAUGUGCGACGGCGUGUUGAGCGAGUAGCUUAGCUUGCUCGUUUGGUGUGACUGACGCUGACUGACCUUUGAUAUGACGAGCAUUCCAGGGUGGUCGUGGAUGGGCAGCCCAUGUCCGGGCGGGAUUAUGAACAGCUUCACCUCGAAGUGCUCAUUCUGACAUACCCACAGACAGACAGACCAGGCCAGAAUGAUGAGUGGGCGGCCAUCUCUCCCUCCCUCCAACCAGUCGUCUGGUGUGGAGCUUGCUCUGCUCACUUACUUCGUAUAUGUCCAUCCAGGCGAUGGCUGUGGUGGGCGGAUCCUGGUGGUGCAUCCCGCCCGCCGGGGUGGGCACUUGGGUUGGCGCACCUGAAGCAACACCAGAGAGAGAGGGGGGGGGGAAAGAUGAGUGAGACAAUCCAUCCAGUGGCCCCCUACCACUGUGUGUGUACUUCGCCCACUCACUCUCUCACGUACUCACCCGAUGUGUGUGGCGGCUCAUGCGCCGAAGCCGAGGCAGCGUCGCCGUCAUCCGGGGGUGACGAAGCGGGCGGGCGCUUCAAGCCAAGAUCCUCCGAGCCCAACUGCUCUAUCAGGAGCCUGGCAGACAGACACAACGAGACAACAACAACAUUCCAACGCGGCUGCCUGCCUGUGUGUCGGCGUCGGCUGCAUACCUGAGUCUGUUGACGCUGUCAGCCGUGGGCACCGUGCCCUGGAAAGUCCGCUGCGCCUGCCAACGGACGGGCAGAGAGGCAACAGAGGCCGAUAUUCUUCUGACGGCGCGGGAGUCUUCCUACCUGCUCAAACACACGCUGGAUCCUGCAGAGCACGGCAUGCAACAUACACAAACACAAACACACACAAACACGCACGCCAAUGAGCACUGGCUGGCCUGGGGAUAGUCAGGGGUUGUCAGAUGCCUUACGUACUUUGGCGUUGAGGAAAGUGCACCGACAGACCGUCCUGUGAGCACAACGGCGCCAAGGCAAUCUAUGCCAAAUGUGCGGCUGGGAAUGCGUGUGUGAUUAGGUGUUCCUCACUCACCCGAGCUUCGGUUCGCUGGCGUCAUCGGUGAGGAUCCAACAUCGCCGCUGCUUCGAUCGCGUUUUAUCUACGCCUUCUCCUUCACACAAUUUCCU